GGACAUCAACACUUCACGACACACAAACUCUCGCGCGAUUAGGGCGUAGCGAAUGUAGCAUCGCGAGCUAACUGUGUCUCUCGAUCGUUAGAGCGUGAUGCCGCCAAAAACUUCCAUUCAGCACAUUUGAAAAACACAUAGAAGCAUCCGCAGAUACAUAUAAUGGCGCAUGUCGCGGCAGUCCAGGCGCCUACCCUCUUCUAAGGGCGCAGUGCGUCUGUUUUGGUGGCCUAGUUGGCAACGAUCCCGCUGCUAACAAGCUAGGUUGCUAACAUCCGCUUACACUCGUAACGUUACAGUGAAACCACGGAGUAGAACCAGGAAGGAGGACCAGACGAGCAGCCUCCACGGAAAAGAACAGUUGGACUGGUCUGAGUGCAAAGAUGUCGAAGGCUCCGGAUUCCCCAGCUCGGUCCCGCUCCAGAUCGAGGUCCAAAUCCAGGUCUUACUCCAGGUCUCACUCUCGGAGCCGCUCCCGCUCAAGAUCCAGAAAACGUCGCUAUAGCUCCAGGUCUCGUUCCCGCUCUCGCUCACACUCUCCGUCCUACAGAAACUAUCCUUCCAGGGACUAUCAGAACAACAGAGGAGGGUUCCGAGGCUACAACCGAGGCUUCCGGAGGCCCUACCACUACCGUGCCAGAAACCGAGGCUAUUACCCACGCAGCCAUUACCAGAACAGGGGAGGAGGUGGCUACGGCUAUAAGUCCAACUGGCAGGGCGGUGUUGGCGGUGGCGGCGGUGGUGGCUGGCACGAUCGCCACCAUGACCAGGACCACCAUGCGCACAGCCCCAGGAGGGGCCGCUCACGCUCCCGCACGCCCAAGAAGCGCUCGGGCAGCCGGAGCCGCUCCCACUACUCCGACCGCUCGUCCUCGCGGGGAUCUCGGCGCUCCAAGCACUCCAGCUACUCCUCGCGGUCCCGGUCCUCGUCGCCGCAUCAUCGCAGCAGCAAGGGCAAGCCCGGCUCCAAGGAUGCUAAGGACAAGCUAGAAAGUCAGGGAGAGAAAUCGGGUCUGGCAGCAGACGGCAGUGCCAUCGAGAAGGCAUCCGGAGGUAAAUGGAUUGACUAUGAUGCCAGUCCUAAACGAAUCAGCCCAGACAUUAAGAAAGAAGGUGGCCCCACUGGUCCUGACAGCAAAGCUCCCGCGACUGGCGGUCCUAUGUGGAAAACCAUCGGCACCGUGUCCCCUCCAGCAAAGAGCCCCACGAAGUCCGGACAAACGGCCUCCUUCAGUGGCUUUGGGUUCUUCUCGAAGGAAGAGGCCAAAUGUGAAGAUAAGACUGUGAUCUCUGCUGCCUUCAAAAAGUUCUUGGCCGAGAACAAAAACAAAAAGCAGGCUGCUGAAAAGGAGAACGGUCGCGAUAAAGAGCAGAGCACCACAGACCGUGAGCUAGAGAAAGGAGGCAAGUCUGGAGACCUUUUCAACAUCUCGUCCACUUCUUUAAGCGACUCCAAGGAGGACAAGACCCUGCCUUUCUUCGACGCCGGAGAAGAGGAGUUCCUCAAGUCGCACGGGCUGAAAGAGAGGGACAUUGAUGAGGACGGGGAGGUCAAAACCACCCUCACCGCUCGGGACAUUUUCGGGAAGUGGGGGGACGAGCCGAGCUAUUCCACGUCCUACCCGUCGGUUAAGGAGAAGAGCCGCAGAGAUGCUGAAGAGGCAGAGCCCCUUGAACACAUGGAGGAGGAGUUCUACCGAGGCCGCAAGCACAGCUCCAAGAAGGAGGAGAAGUCCAAGAAGAAGGAGAAGAAAGACAAGGAGAAGUCCAGAAGGAGUCUGUCCCCUCCCGCAACUUCCAGAGAGAAGGAGCGCCCGCUGUUUCCCGGAGCUUUCCCUCGGCGCGAGGAGUCACCUGUGCGACACCUGUCUGCGUCAAGAGACGACUUUGAACACAAAAUCGGUUCUGUAGGUGAAAUGCCCAGCUCCUCCCUGUCUAAAGAGCGCCUCGUGCCCCGAGAGCUGCAGAAUCCCACGAAGAAAGAUCCGGAGUUCCGUUCCAUUUUCCAGCACGUUCAGUCACCACAGCUCCGUCGCAGCCCCUCUGAGCUGUUUGCUCAGCACAUAGUCUCAAUCGUGCACUACAUCAAAGCGCAACACUUCCAAUCGUCAGACAUGACUUUAAGUGAGCGGUUUGCCAUGUACCAAAGAAAAGCUGCAGAGGUAGAAAUGAUGAAGCCAAGGAAGAGCCCAGAAAUCCACAGGAGAAUCGAUGUUUCCCCCAGUGCUUUUAAGAGGCACUCUCACCUGUUUGAGGAUAUGGAGGAGACCAGCUACAAGGAUCCAAGUAAAAAGUUCAAAGGCGACGUGAUGGACCUUCGCCUGGAUAUUGAAAGGCGUAAGAGGUUUGCCGGGAAGGACUCCAAGCGCGAGGGAGGCAGGAGCCCCGGAGGCUCCCGAGGAGCGAGCAGAGAGAAGUCCUCUGAGAAAUCUGGGAAACACCACAAGAAAUCCAAGAAGGGUAAGAAGAAGCGUGAGCGCUCUCCGUCCUCCUCGUCCUCCUCCUCCUCUCCGUCCCCCUACCCUCCGCCUUACAGGGGCAAGGAGUUCAUGGGAGGAGAAGGGAUGGAGCACUCGGAGGAGGGCUACGGUCGCUACCCUCCACGCGACUACAGCGGGCCCGGAGACAGAGGCCACUAUGAAGGCCACAGCGCGGAGAGAGGCCGAGGCCGUGGAUUUUUCCCCAGAGUCAGAGGGAGAGGGUGGAGCAGGGGAAAUUAUCCAGGCAACAACAACAACAACAACAGCAGCAGCAGCAAUGGAAACCCUGCAAAUGUAAAUCCCGCAGUGCGCCCUCCUGAGGAGGAAUGGGACCCUGAAUACACUCCCAAGAGCAGGAAGUAUUACCUGCAUGAUGACCGUGAUGGCGAGAAAACCUGGGUGGACAGCCGCGGAAGAGGCCGCGGUUCCUUCCCGCCCCGCCGGGGGCGCUUCGUCUACCGCAAGGGGGGCAGCAGCCCGAAGUGGACCCACGACAUGUUCCAGGGAGGACAGGAGGGGGAGCUGGGAGACGACUCCGCGGAAGUAGAGCGUAAAGACACCAAGGGCCCAGGAGACGCCUCCGCCCAGAAGCAGUAGAGCAGCUCGCUCCGUCAUCUCCUGCAUAUUCAGCGGCGUAGCGGUCACGGGGUCGUUCUUCUUUAUUUUCCCCUCCAGGUCAUGUCGUCAUUGAUAGUUUAAAAAAAAAAAAAAAAUGUGUUGAGUGAGUUUGAGCCUUCUCACGGUUUAGGUGAAGAAAGAACUGACUUGAAUGAGGAGCAGCACUCUGUUACGUUUUGUAUGUGAGGUUAGCUUCGUUUCAGAGUGUUUUUAUGUAAAGGUUUUGUUUUUUUUCCGCAGCCGGUUGACUCAAUUGUAUCGUUUUAAGGGAGAAAAUACUGAGGCAACAAAGAUCCUUUGAAAAUAUGACAAAAUGCAUUUGUGCCUUAGAAAUGACAUAUAGCUAAUAAUACGUGUGUAAUCUGUUGGAGGGUACAGCCCCGGCUACGAGAGGUACAACUCCACCUGUUUCAGUGUAGGAAGGUAUUAGAUGAUUGACACCUUCUCGUUCUUUCUUUCUCUGUUUUUUUGGGGCUGUGAUAAAUCUUUGAUGUUACUGCAUGACGCGUUCGAUUCAUACCUCGCUCCUCGGGACCAAUCGGUAGUGGGCUCAGGGCUCACAAUCGUCAAAUUAUCAGACAUGAAAACAAUUUUGGUUAACCCCCCCCCACCCAUCCGAACGAUCGAUGUUUGUCAUUUAUAUUAUCCAGGCUUUUUCAUGUAGUGCCACUUCACCUGUAUUUCUCAUUAGGAAGUGAAGACAUUUUUAUGUGUGUGUUCCAGUAUAUUCUCAUUGAUUGUGGGUGUUUUCUGUUUAAAAGACGUGUAAAUUGUAAAGAAUUUGGCACCAAAAUCCCCUGAUUUUUGCUUUAGACAGAUGAACAUAUAGGUUUUCUGCCUCUGUCAUAUCAAUUUAGGUAAGUGGCUACCUCUUGUUUAGAUUUUUAAUCAAAAAAAAGAAUAGUUAUUACAAAAAGUUAUUAAGUGUAUAGAAUUAUAAGACCUAAAUUAUUGUAAUCUCAACAUCCGGGGGAAAGGAGAACAUACAAACUGAAUACAGUUCAUUUUUUUUAAAUACAACAGUUGCAGUAAAUCCUCUCGCAUAAAAAAAAAACAGUUUAGACUCCAGACAGAGAACCUAAACAUGAAAAAGUGAAGAGAUAUUGACAAAACCUUUUGUCAAAGGCAUCGAUGAAAGUGUGUUUUUAAGAGGAAUUGACGUGACCUAGUUUCUCACUGCUGCUUCGUCCCACUUUUGACUGUACAUACUGCAUGUACUAAACACAACUGUAGGACUUUUUCUUUUUGUUUAAUCUGAAGCUGAAUACUUUUGUACUGUUCUCAAGAGCUUUGGAGUUCUUUGUCUUUUAAUUUUCAAUAAAUUUUUCUUUGAUUCA